AUGGCAGCCGUGGGCCUGGUUCAGAUUAUUCGGGACCUGACUCGGGACAGCGGCCUCACCCCGGACUUGAUUGGGCUGGUCAACUGGACAGGGGGGUAUCUCACCAGCGAGUGCUAUGGGGAUGGUGUCAGUGUCCUGGGGAGCUCGCUGGGAAAGAAACAGGCCGCGAGACCCCUCCCUCUGGCUCGUCGGCGGCCUGCCCGAGCCGUGACCCUCCUGCUUCUAACCCCGCACCCCAGGGGCGCCGUUGCCGUGCAGGACCGAGGGGCGCGUCCCGCUGCGCUCCCCUUGCCCGGGACGGCGCUGCCGCCGUUCCCCCGGCGAAGCGGCGGCCCGGGAGCCCCGCAUCCCGGCGCCGGCCACCCGCGGCCCCUCGAGAGGGCGGGACAGAUGCUGCGCCCGCCCACUCGCCCUGGCCAAUGGCUUUCCUUCCCUCCCGGCGCCCCGCGCGUGCAGGGGGCGGUGCCGCGCAGGCGUGCGAGGGCGCGGCGGCACUCUUCCGGGCCGGCGGGCGACGCGGCACCGGCGAUGGAGGCGCCGGGCGCGGGCGCGGGGCGCGACCCGAGCCGACAGGAGCUGCUGGAGACGGUGGCGGCGCAGGAGGAGCAGCUGCGCGAGUACCGGGCGCGCCUGCGGGACCUCGUGCACGCGCACAAGGGGCUGCUGGCGGAGCGCGCGGCGCUGGAGGCCGGCCUGGGCGCGCUGGCGGCGGCGGCGGCGGCGGAGGGGGAGGCGGCGGUGGCGGCGGCGGCGGCGGCGGCGGCGGGCGGCCCCGAGGCGCGGCUGGGCGCGGCGCUGGCCACGCUGGCGCGGGAGAAGGCGCGGCUGGAGGCCUGCUGCCAGGCGGAGCGGCGCGGCGCGCGGGCCGAGCGGGCGCGGCUGGAGGACGAGGCGCGGGAGGCGCGGGCCCGCCUGGCGGCGCAGCAGCACGACCGCGCGCAGGAGCAGGCCGACCACGCCGACAUGCUGCGCGAGCUCCAGCGGCUGCUGCAGGACGAGCGGGCGCGGCGGCGGGAGGCGGAGCUGGGCCUGGAGGAGGCGCGCCGGGCGGAGCCGCGGCCGCAGGAGCUGCAGGCCGAGCUGGACCACCUCCGCAGCCACUUCCAGGCGCAGCUGCUGCAGGAGGCCGGCAAGGCCGCCGAAGCUGACGAGCACAUCCGGAUGGGGGAGCGGCGUGUGGCCGCCUUGGAGGCCCAGAUUUCGGAGAUGUCAGAGCUGCUGGGCACCUACGAGAAGGCCAAACAGAAGGAUCUCGCCAUCAUCCAGAAGCUGAAGGACCGCAUCGUCCAGCUGGACCUCGAGAACAAGACCCUGGCUGUCGCUGCCACUGGCAAUGCUGCCAUGGACCUUGUCCUCGAGGAGAGCCGUGACAUUAAUGUGCUGAGAGACAAGAUGGAGACGCUGACACAGCUUGCACGAGCAGCCGCCGAGCAUGGCCCAUCUUCCACCAGGGAUGUCGAGGCUCUGUGCCCAGCGGAGCCCCCUAAGGGAGUGGAGUCUGGCGACGGCGAGAAGGCAACCGUAGCGUAUUAUCAGCAGGAACUCAAGCAGCUGAAGGAGGAGUUCGAGCGGUACAAGGUGCGGGCGCAGGUGGUCCUCAAAAACAAGUCGGCCAAGGACGGCAACCUGUCCAAGGAGCUGGCGGACAGCCAGGAGCAGUUGGCAGAGCUGAAGGAGAAGUAUGUUUCUCUCCGGCUCUCCUGCGAAGAGGAGGCCAGGCAGCACCGCGAGCAGCUGGAGGUCAGGAGGCGAGAGGUGGCCCUCCUUCAGCAGCUCCACCGCCAGGAGCUGGAGCGAUGCCUCCUGGACAGCCAGGAGAAGGCCCUCAGGCUGGAGGAAGAGAUGCGCAAGCAGCGCGACCGGGCCCUGGCCGUUGUGGCAGAGAAGGACCAGGAGCUGCAGCAGCUGAGGGCCCUGGCCAUGCCCUAUGGGCUGCAGGGAGCCAAGGCUGCUGCAGAGCUGGGUCCCAGCGGCAGCGGUAAUGGCAGUGCCCACAGCAGCAAUGGUGUGGGAGACAAUUCUUUGGAGCACCUCACCCAGACACUGCUGCUCCCUGCCCCCAUCGAGCCCCCCUUCCUGCUGUACACCGAGCAGCUGGCUCGGAAGGAGGCGGAGAUCACGGCCUUGAAGAAGCAGAAGCACAGGUUGGAGAUGGAGGUCCACCGGUUCCAAGAGAAACUGCUGGAAGAAGGAGAGAAGCACAAAGAGGAGAUGUCUCUUCUCCAGGGCCACGUUCAGAAGACCUUCCGGGACCAGAGCAGGGAGGGAGCCAACUUGGAGUAUCUCAAGAACAUUUUCUACAGGUUCCUGACUCUGACAGACUUGCUGGGACGCCAGCAAACCCUAACAGCCAUAUUGACUAUUUUGCAUUUUAGCCCAGAAGAGAGACAGGCCGUCCUGAGCCGUGUGGGCGGAGGCAGCAGCUGGUGGCUUUCGGGGAAGAGAUGAAGUCCACCCUGCUUUCCUGGGUGUGGGAGGAGCUGGGUUCAAAACGAGGCUGGCUGCCUGCCCUGGCGCUGAAUGAAGUGGUAGCCGUUCCUUGCCGUUUGGCAGGGAGACCCCAGGACCAGCCACAGCCCCCAUUUCAGACUUCAUGCUGUGUGAAGUGCCUCCCUGGGGCUGGGUUCUCUGCUGCAGAGAUUCAGUUUGGGAUCUUCAUUCCUUUUAAAGGGUUCAGUUUGGGAGUCUGGUCAGUGUUUGUUCCUAUUCCAGUAUUUGUGCUGGUUGUUUUUUUUUUUUUUUUUGCCAAAUAUGGGCUGGGGAAAUCCUUUGGACUCCCAAGCCAGCAGCUGAGCUUGAGGCUAGCAAAUAAAGCAUCAGCAAUUGAA